GAAGCGCGCGGCCGCGAGCCCUGGGCGCCAUUUUAGACUCGCUGUCUGUAGCAGAGGCGCAGGAAGCAUUCGCGGUGGCAGCCGCUCGCUGAGGUAGUCUGUCGCGGCGCCGGGGGUCCCUGAACAAGGCGCAGACAGCGUGGGACUGGGAAGGAAGGCUUCUCUCUGGGCAGCCAGAGCCGCAAAGGUGGAGCCGCGUUGUCGCCCUCCGCGGGACCAGCGCCUCAGAUGCGGGCGAAGCGCGGGGGGCCGCGACCGCGGGAGCGCGAAGCGGGGGGCCAGGGGCGCCUCAUGUGAGAGCCGCGGGACCUGCGGCCGCCGCCGUCCCCGGAGCACGGGGUGGUGUGUAGGGGAAGCCGCCCCCGGCAGCAGGAUGAAACGAGGAGGAAGAGAUAGUGACCGUAAUUCAUCAGAAGAAGGAACUACAGAGAAAUCCAAGAAACUGAGGACUACAAAUGAGCAUUCUCAGACUUGUGAUUGGGGUAAUCUCCUUCAGGACAUUAUUCUCCAAGUAUUUAAGUAUUUGCCUCUUCUUGACCGGGCUCAUGCUUCACAAGUUUGCCGCAACUGGAACCAGGUAUUUCACAUGCCAGACUUGUGGAGAUGUUUUGAAUUUGAACUGAAUCAGCCAGCUACAUCUUACUUGAAAGCUACCCAUCCAGAGCUGAUCAAACAGAUUAUUAAAAGACAUUCAAACCAUCUACAAUAUGUCAGCUUCAAGGUGGACAGCAGCAAGGAAUCAGCUGAAGCAGCUUGUGAUAUACUGUCGCAACUUGUGAAUUGCUCUUUAAAAACACUUGGACUUAUUUCCACUGCUCGACCAAGCUUUAUGGAUUUACCAAAGUCUCACUUUAUCUCUGCACUGACAGUUGUGUUCGUAAACUCCAAAUCCCUGUCUUCGCUUAAGAUAGAUGAUACUCCAGUAGAUGAUCCAUCUCUCAAAGUACUAGUGGCCAACAACAGUGAUACCCUCAAGCUGUUGAAAAUGAGCAGCUGUCCUCAUGUCUCUCCAGCAGGUAUCCUUUGUGUGGCUGAUCAGUGUCAUGGCUUAAGAGAACUAGCCCUGAACUACCACUUAUUGAGUGAUGAGUUGUUACUUGCUUUGUCUUCUGAAAAACAUGUUCGAUUAGAACAUUUGCGCAUUGAUGUAGUCAGUGAGAAUCCUGGACAGACACACUUCCAUACUAUUCAGAAGAGCAGCUGGGAUGCUUUCAUCAGACAUUCACCCAAAGUGAACUUAGUGAUGUAUUUUUUUUUAUAUGAAGAAGAAUUUGACCCAUUCUUUCGCUAUGAAAUACCUGCCACCCAUCUGUAUUUUGGGAGAUCAGUAAGCAAAGAUGUGCUUGGCCGUGUGGGAAUGACAUGCCCUAGACUAGUUGAACUCGUAGUGUGUGCAAAUGGAUUACGGCCACUUGACGAAGAGUUAAUUCGCAUUGCAGAACGUUGCAAAAAUUUGUCAGCUAUUGGACUAGGGGAAUGUGAAGUUUCAUGUAGUGCCUUUGUUGAGUUUGUGAAGAUGUGUGGUGGCCGCCUAUCUCAAUUAUCCAUUAUGGAAGAAGUACUAAUUCCUGACCAAAAGUAUAGUUUGGAGCAGAUUCACUGGGAAGUGUCCAAGCAUCUUGGUAGGGUGUGGUUUCCCGACAUGAUGCCCACUUGGUAAAAACCGCAUGAUGUAGGGCAUGAUGAAUAGCACCUUAACUUCAAGCAAAUGUAUUAUAAUAAAAGUUUUAUUUGUUGUAGUUCUGAUAUAAUUCUACUAUUUUGUGGCACAGAAAUUUGGUAUCUUGAGUCAGUAUAUGUAAAGAUUGUUUAUUGGAAGACCCAUGAAUGAGUUUUGGUCAGAAAACUCCACUUGUUUCCUUAGGGUAAUCGCAAUCAUAUCUCCGAAUUUUUUUUAAUGUGAUUCAGAUGUAAAAGUAAUAACCAGUUAUACAUAUUAAACAGUUUACAGUCUAAAGGAAACAAAACCUGUAUGUUAUAAUAUCCAAGAAGUACUAACAGGUUUUCUGAAAUGUUAUAUUCUCUAUGCAUUUAAAAAAAAUGUAAACUUGACAUUUUAGGGUCUUCAGUUAUACAUACACCUGUUAUAAGGUGUUUCAUAUAGCUCAGGAAAGUGAGCAUUUUGUGAGAAAAAUGAAUAUAUUGUAUCUAAUGAAAAAGAUUGGAUGAAUAUUCUCAAAUGUUACAAAGCUGUUUAAAGAAAAGUAUAUAUAAGUAAUCGGAACACUUAGAAAACUGAUAAAUGUCACACAGUGGUAUUAUAGAAGGAUAAUACAGAGCCAAGAUCAAAUUAAAAGAUAAUAAAUGGUACAGAAGGGAGGCAGUGUUUAGCUUUGUAUAAACUUUUAGGUUUGCUCUGUAAUCUGCUAAACCAUAUACAUUCUUCUGUGAUAUGUUACUAUGUAUGUGGCACUUGAGGCACUGUAUGUAAAGUAAGGAAUGCUUUACUAGUUCUUCUUGGUUUUAUCUUUGUUUAAACUAGCUUUGAAGUAUUAAACAAUAAUUGAAAUGAAAAGCUUAUCUAUUUUAAAAAGCCAAAUUUAAAUAAAUAUAGAACUUUAAAAUGUUUAUCAGUUGUUUCCAUGAAAGAAUAUUAGUUUCCAGUAAAUUUUAGUGAUGGCUCACUCAUUUUUCCGUUUUGGAAUUACAUAGUUAUAUAAGUAGAAUUUUUAAAACUCAUAAAGGGAGCACCAUUGUACAGUCUAGCAUAAAAAGCAAAUUUUAAAGAGGAUAUAUUUAAGUUGAUAAUCAUAUUUUUCAGUAAAUAUUGCUCAGUGAACUGGAAAACUGUAAUAGAAAAAUGUCUGCAGUUUUGUGAUUGUUAAUUUGGUUAAACUGAUAUUUUACAUUAUUUAAGUUAGGUAACAUUUUAUAUUACUUUCAUAUGAAUAAAGGUAAUCCAUGCAUUGUAGAGCCUAUAUAUUGUUGCAUUUUUUUAGAUGAUAUAAACUUUGAUUUUGGGCACUAGUGCUAGUAGAUACUACUGCCCCUCCUGAGGGAAAUCAGAAGUGAUUUACUCCCCAAUGGAAUACAUUAAUUCUCGAAGUGGCUCUUUUCAGUAGUGUGACUUUUAGAAAGUAUCUCAGUAGUUAAGGAAGCUAACAGUCUUAGAUCUUUUAAAAUGGAUGAUCUUCUUAAGAAUAAAGCAAAAGGUGAUUUUCUUCAUAAUUUAUGCUUUCCAAAAGUGAUAUGCUCUCCUGCAGCAACAUAUAAGUGAGAAGAAAAAAGGCUUAUCUAGACUCGAAAAUUAAAAGCAAUUAUAGUAAUAUUUCCCCUCCUCCUAAAUAGUAAAAAGCUCUGAUUGUACAAGAAUUACCUGUGCUAGUCAAGUUAUUUUUCCUUGAACAACUUUGGAAAAAUGGAUUUGACAGUACAUAACCAGUUCUAACCAAAGCUUGUAUUUGGAAAUUUACUUUUUGUACAAAUUGAAUUAUAUAAUGCUUAAAAUACUUUAAUUCACUUUAUAAGCAAAAUGCAUAGUACUUAAUUUGUUUAUACUGUAAAGUAUAUGUUAAAUGCUUUUAUCACUUUGAGAAUAAAAAGUUACUAAUGCU